AUGCUAGACAUCGGUAGAAGGUCGCCAGACCUCGAAGUGGCGGCAAUUAAGAAGUAUGGUAGGACAAGAAACUGGGGCGUAGCACUACAAUUGCUGCGCGAAGGAAUUGAAUCAGGUGUGCAGCUCUUCCGAGACCACUAUGUUGCGGCAGUCAGUGCAUGCAGAACAGGCGGGCAGUGGCAAUGCGCAUUGCUGGUGCUCAGUAAGAUGUGGGAGGCCAAGCUGGAGCCCGACGUCAUCUGGAGCUACAGCGCUGGGAUCAGCGCGUGUGAGAAAGGCGAGCAGUGGCAGCGGGCUCUGGCGCUGCUGAGCGAGUUGCGGGAGGCAGAGCUGGAGCCCGACUCAGCUACAGCGGUGGGAUCAGCGCGUGCGAGAAAGGCGGUCAGUGGCAGCAGGCUCUGGCGCUGCUGA